AUGGAGGGCAUCCUGGAGGAUAACCCAUCAAGCCAGGACGACUCCCAACCGCGACGUCCGAUCUCAGAACACCAUGAAGAGACAAACCAAGCAAAAAUAGCAAGCACCGUCCACCACGCAAACGAGGACGUCACGACGGACCCACAACAUCCCGAGAAAGCCAGGGACAAAGCGGCACAAAUCAUCCAGGAUCUCUGUCUCCGAGUCCAAGAACUUGAAGGCAAGCUAAGCGACCGGGAAAAACACAAUAACGAGCAUGGAAGCCAGGCAACUUCCAGGUCAAGAUCCCACCACGGAAGGUCGCCAAUCCGGCAGCACAAUAGGAGAGAUGGUCGCAGCACCUCACGCAACCGCCGACGCGAGAAGUCGCCCGAACGACGAUACGACAAGAAACACCAUCGCAGCGAUUCUCGGGAUGUAAACCGUCAGCAUGAUUCAGACGAAGACCGGAGAUACCGAAGCACCAAGCGCACGAGAAGCGACCAUACUAUAAUGGGAGCUACGCCCUUCACGGAAGGAAUCUUAGAGCAAAACUCCCCAAAGGUUCGACAAACCCACCGACAUGAAGUACGACGGAACCAAAGACCCUCAAGAGCACCUAACGGCCUUCGAGGCCAGAAUGAACUUAGAAGGAGCAUCCGACGCAGUCCGAUGCAGAGCCUUCCCAGUAACCCUGGCCGGGCCAGCGAUCAAAUGGUUCAACGCCCUCCCAAACGGAUCCAUAACUAG